AUGUCCGUCGCCUCCAUCCCCGACACCUCGCUUGGCCUCACCUCCUCCGAGAUCCAGAUCCUCCGACAGCAGCAACAAAUUGCCCUCCAGGGCCACGCCGGCAAUGGCGUCGCCAGGGGCAGAGGGACAGGGAGAACCAGCAACUCCAGCUCGCGCGCGACAAGCGCUGCCUCCAGCCAAGGGCGCUUGUUGUUGGAUCCCAUGAGUCUUCGCGCGCUGUCGCACCAGUUGGACGGUCUGCAGGCUCAGAUCCGUGGCCGCAUCGAAUAUGUACGAUAUUUCCCCGCAUUGCUCCCUGUCAAAUUUCAAUCGGGAUCCGCUUGUGUUUUACCUUCUGACUUGCAAAUCCAGCUGGAGGACCAAAUGCAAGCCUCCAUUCAAAACAGCUACGACCGCGCCGGGAACGUGAUCCGUAACGCCGAUGCGGAGAUCGCCCGCACUCGUUCCAUCCUGGCUUCCAUCGACGAGCUGGAUCUCGAGUUAGCCAAAAUUGGCCAUAUUCGAGAUAUCGUCAAGGGAUUUCGCGGUCGUAUCGAGACUCUGGAUCAUCGUAUGGAUCAAAGUUCUCGCCGGCGACGCUGA